AUUUCAGUUUGGGCUAUGUGGAUUUGCGAAAAUAGAAUACCAGUUGCAACUGUGGCAGUAGUGCUACCGUUGGGAAACAAGCGUAAGGAUUUUUGUCGCCAGUAAUAAGUGCCUCUGAGAACUACAGGAAAGAAACCACAUGUCGUUGAGAGGUUAAAGUGUAUCUUUAUGUCUACAGUGCCCCGAAAAUUAUGGCUGCAGCAAGGGGCUUAAUAAACUUGAUUUGUAUAAGAAGCGCUAAUUUUUCCGGUUUACAAUUGUUACACCCAUUCCAGUGCCGUUUUAUAUUGACUUGUGCAGGAUGUGGACGAAAAUACGGCGAGGGAUUGUUAUCACUCCGCGUCGUACAACAACCAACGAAGUUUGUGCCGGUUCUGCAGCCUGCUGUACCAAGGGAUAUUCAUACGUCUUCGGUGCUCAAACAAAAGAAAGACUAUUAUGAAAUCUUAGGUGUUCCUCGAAAUGCAUCUUCAAGGGAAAUUAAAGCAGCAUAUUACAAAUUAGCGAAACGGUACCAUCCAGAUACGAACAAAACUGAUCCUGAUGCAGGAAAAAAAUUCCAUGAGGUAUCAGAGGCAUAUGAGGUACUCAGUGAUGACACAAAAAGGAAACAAUAUGAUUCAUGGGGUGCAACUUCAGAACAAAUGGGGAUGGGUGGUGCAGGAGCGUCUGGUCGCCAGGGCUUUGAACAGCACUGGAAUUUUCAUUCAACAAUAGACCCAGAGGAACUCUUUCGUAAAAUAUUUGGCCAAGCAGGGUUCAAUACUGGUGCGUUUGGAGGUGAAGAAGAUUUUGCAGAAUCACAGUUUGGAUUUGGUGCUGCCAGGGAGAUAACAUUGGAUCUCACAUUUGCACAAGCAGCUCGUGGUGUUAACAAAGAAGUUGUUUUGAACAUGGUUGAUACAUGUCCUAAGUGUCAUGGCAGCCGAGCAGAACCUGGAACAAAAGCAGCAAAAUGUUCUUACUGUAAUGGCACAGGGAUGGAAACAAUAACAACAGGACCGUUUGUGAUGCGAUCAACUUGUCGGUACUGUCAUGGUACGAGAAUGCAUAUCAAAUUUCCUUGCACAGAGUGUGAAGGGAAGGGAAGUACUGUGCAGAGGAAGAGGAUAACAGUUCCUGUGCCUGCAGGUGUUGAACAUGGACAAACAGUACGAAUGAAUGUAGGUAACAAGGAAUUAUUUAUAACAUUUAGGGUAGAAAAAUCUGAUUAUUUUCGAAGAGAUGGUGCUGAUGUCCAUACAGAUGCUACUAUUUCCUUGGCACAAGCUGUACUUGGUGGUACUGUGCGUGUACAGGGUGUGUAUGAAGAUCACACUAUUCAGAUUCCACCAGGCAGUUCCUCUCACACACGCAUUAGACUUAGUGGGAAAGGCUUGAAGAAAAUGAAUACAUUUGGUGGUUACGGUGAUCAUUAUGUUCACAUUAAAAUAGGAAUUCCGAAAAAGUUAAAUGAUAGACAAAAAGCCCUAUUGCUUGCAUAUGCUGAACUGGAGGAAGAUACACCUGGAACAGUAAGAGGUCUUACUUAUAAAAAUGAUGGGAAAAAAGAAUAUACUCUGGAGCCUCAUCGUAUUUUGCUGCUGAUUCGAAUGGCGUUGGAGGGAAAAAAUCCAGUCAGUCACACUAGUGAAGUGUCAAAGCAGAAUCAGAGGAAGCCUCGCACUGAUGAUGAAGGAAAAGAAUCGUCAGACAGCAAUUCCAGGAGUACAGAGGAACCUAAGAAGAAACUGGGGGCACAGAGAUGAAAUACGUAGUCAAAUUCAGAAGUCUAUUACUGAGUUGGUUAUAGAUGCCACUUGCAUAAUACCUGUGUAUAGCCUCCUUUGUUGCUAUAAAUACAGAAAUUGAUAUUUUUAUUUUACAAGAUUUAUUUGUUUUGUACAUAUAUAUGGCAACAGUGGUGUUAAUAAAUACUUGUUAUGAUA